UAGAUGUAGUCGCACGGGGGCGCGCGUCGUGUCUUCCAAAAACUGAUUUAGUUUUCUUUUGCGUUUGGAAUUCGAGCGGGCACUAAAAAGUUCCUUUACAAACAAUUAUUUUAUACGUACUGCUACGUACCUACGUAUUAUAUACGAUAGUAUUAAACACAAUAAAUACUUGCCUGCACGGAGGCACUUAAUUAGCAGGAUAAUAUUCGUACACACACAUGAGACUUUAGUGACCUAAUAAAUAACUGGCUCGUCCCUAAAACAUGUAAAUGCAUAUGUAUAUACAUAUGUACAUACGUGUACCUUGUUAUACAGUGAUACAGAGAAGUAGAGAGAGGACUGUGAGCUUGCAGAGCAGGGAGAAAAGCUGGUCUUUCGUUGUUUACUAUAAACAUACCACCACCUCUACUACCCACGUAACAAGCGUGUAUAUUAACGUGAGAUGAUGGUGCACAAGGUGUUUGCUUCCUGACCGCUGCGCAGUGUAUUAUAAUACUACUCGUGGGUUUUUUCUUCUUUGAAGUUUUCGAGUUAAGUGUAACGCCGAUACCCUGCCGGCCCCCCUGCAUCCACGGUGAAAUAAUAUACAACGAGUAUAAACGCUAUAAACAGUAGCGGUGUAAUAAUAAUAAUAAGAGAUCGAGGAGGGAAAAAAACAGCGACGAAGAAGAAGAAGAAUUUACAAGAAAAGUUGAGUUAAAGUGCGUGAGACGGAGGCCCAACAGUUUGACAGUGUGUGCGUCCUUACGCAUGAGGGCCCUAUGGCUACUGGAUUGGUCAAGUGGUGUCGUGCAAGGUUCCUCGCUGGCUACAAGCCCUUUUCUGUUGUUGGCGGAGGUCCCGAAGGGAGCGACGCCGAAGAGUUGCUGGCGGGCGUCGCGGCGCCGUGCAGCAGCUCUCCACCUCCACCGCUGCCCUUGCUUACGCCGCCGGAAUCUCCUACGACUCCAACACCGCCAACCGUCAAUGAAGAUCAGACGAAUUCCCAUGCAACGAGACAGCUUAGCUUUGAGGAGUUCGAGUGCGACGUUUCUGUAGCAGAGGGCGAUAGACGAAGGCAGGAGUUUUCCUUCACCUUGUACGACUUUGAUGGUCAUGGCAAGAUCACCAAAGAUGAUAUUGCCGGACUGGUUACAACUAUUUACGACACUCUGGGUGCUUCAAUUCAAGUCCCACCAUGUGGCAGUAAAACAAUUAAAGUAAAACUGACUGUAUCACCAGAUCAGAGAACUGGUCAAGCACAUGUAACACCUGUAAAAACGGCCAACCUUCCUCAAAGCUUACCUGCCCCAGCACCUUGUUGCCAUGUUAAACAUGUUACUUCCUGCGGUCAUGCGAAACAUGCGUCUCGCAGAGUUCCCAGGAGGAGAAGAGUACAACGUCAUCGAUGUCAGUCAGAGCAUGGAGCGGAUAGUCCAACGGAAGAUGACGCUAGAAAUUUACCAGCAAGUCAAUCGAAGCAAGAAGAACUUAGAAGAAGAGUUGGGCCAGUACCUCACUUGCCUUCACCUUACUCAAACAGUUCAGAAGGUGAUGUUAGCGAAGAUAGCGACGCAUCACCGUUGUUAACACCUCUCACACCUCUGGUUCCAAAUCAGCCCAGAAAGCGUAGUGGUGCUAUGCAAAGACAGCAGCUGCUCGAAAUUAUUCAAGCAAACAUGGAGAAAAACAAUCUCAGUUUUCACGCAUCUAGGAAACGACACCAAAACGAGCAAGCACGCAUUCCACUUCGAAGUCCAUAUACGGAACCCUCGAGUCCUUACAUCCAGAGAUGUAGACCGCUGCAAACACCUCGUCAACCGACCUAUCACAAGCCAGUUCGGGAGCAACCUCAUCAUCCAAAUUCCUUGCCCGAUGUUCCAGCAAAGCCUAGGGGGAAUGGGAGGAAGCCGCGUAUACACCACAGCCCUCAGACAUGUACCCCACCACAUCCGGCCGAGAGUUAUGGACAAGUGCAUACAGUUUCGCAAAAUCUGACCACUUCAGCCACCCCGAAUAAUCUAAACUCGACCAAUCCUAAUAAUACUAAUAACCAGAAUCAUACUAAUAAUCAAUGUAAUAAUCUGCACACGAAUAAUCAGCGAAACGAAGCUCAUAUUCAUCCGCCGAAUAGUGGAAAACCGGGUAAAAAACAUCAAUUGAAACAUGCCACACGAGAGCAGGAUCAGGCGAGAGCCAUGGCCCAGGUUGUUCGUUGGCUAGAACGUGAGUUUUCUCAAGGUGCUGCUGCAGCUGCUGGUCGGAGACAUGUUCAUGAACAUAUUCAUCAUCACUAUCAUCACUAUCAUACCGAGGCACUUGUAUAACCCUCGAUUAUCAUCGGAAGGAUUGUUAGAGCUGAUUUAUUGUGAGUUACAGGUAUGUAAUUCGAAUAUUAGAUUUGUAUACGGAAUAAAUAGGAUAAUCUGUGUACAUGGCGUGUUGAAUAAGAUAUUCAACUGGUUUUUGGAAAGAGAAAAAAGAAAAUGUAAUAAACUACGGACAUGAAGAAAAAGAAAUUUGGUUUUAUUGUCGUCGAUUUGACAUAAGUUAUACAUAUACCAGUUACUGGUAUCUAAUUAUUUAAAAAUUAGAAUCAACUAAGCAGUUACAACAGAAACCUACAUAAAAAAUGCUUACGAAAUCGAACAAUGAAACUGUAAGCAUGGGUCAGAUAUAACCAGUUAUAAUCUUGCUGGAAACGUAUGUAAUUGAGUUUUCCAGCUCGUUUUUAGGCUAGUUUACGUGAUUGAAUAUUAUUUAUACCAUGCGAUCAUUGUACAUGUAUGCUUUAUUUUCAUUGUUCAACAAGUAUAAUUGAGAGUUUAAAACUGGUCUAUAACUAAGUUUGAACUAUUCAAUUAAUUGAUUUAUGUACUAUCCAGAUUGACUCUUGCGUAUGCGAUAUACAAUACGUAAAAGCAGCAAGUAGAUGCUAAGCAAUGGAAUCGUGACAAUAUUUUUCUAUCAAUCUCAUCGCAGAGUAUUAUAAUUCUAUUAUAUUGAAUAACGAUAAUGAUAGCAAUUAAUAUCAAUUAAUAAUAGUAAUAAAAGAUGUUAUAAAUUUGUCCUUGGAUUUUUUUAUAACACCAAGGCAUGUAAUUUUGUAUUGAACUUUGUAACCACUGUAGAUAUUUUGUGUCCUGUUUUUUGUAUCAAUAUUUAUUAA